AUGAGCAGAAAGGCUUGUCACGCUGGUUCUUGGUACACCGAGCAAGGACCUCAUUUAAAUGAGGAACUUACUCAGUGGUUAGAUAACGUUCCACAAAAGAUAGAAGACGAUGUCCCUAUUCCCGUACCUGGAGCUAGAGCUAUUAUUGCUCCACAUGCAGGAUAUAUGUGGAGCGGACAAGCCGCAGCAUUCGCUUAUAAGAGCAUUGAUCCCGAUUUUGUGAAACGUGUUUUCAUAUUUGGACCAUCGCAUCAUUUUAGCCUUACCAAAUGCGCGCUUUCUCAAUGUACCCAAUAUGAAACACCUUUAGGAAAUUUGAUGUUAGACACUGAAAUUAUCGAAGAAUUGAAAAAAACCGGGGAAUUUAUAUCGGUGUCUCAAGAUGUUGAAGAGGAAGAACAUAGUAUUGAGAUGCAUUUACCAUAUACUUAUAAAAUUUUGGAAAGUAAGGUUGAUUCAAUUAAGAUUGUUCCUGUUAUGGUUGGAUCUUUGAAUGCAGCCAAAGAAUCAUUUUAUGGAGAUUUAUUUGCUCCAUACCUUGCUGAUCCGUCUAAUCUGUUUAUCAUUUCGACGGAUUUUUGUCACUGGGGACCUCGAUUUUCAUACAAAUAUUAUUCAGCAUCGCCAGGGAAUAGUUCUAAUCUUACACGCGUACCUAAUAAGAAUUUACCAAUUCCAAUAUAUAAGUCCAUUGAAAAACUUGAUAGAGAAGGAAUGGAUUUUAUUGAAAAGAUAGAUCAUAAAGGGUAUGUCUCAUACCUUUCAAAAACAAAGAAUACAAUAUGUGGAAGGCAUCCCGUUGGAAUACUUUUAUGUGCAAUUGAAACAUUACAAAAAGGUUAUGACAAUGAUACAGCUGAACAACCAAGGAUUAAAUUUAUUCAUUAUUCACAGUCUAAUCAAGUAAAACACGAGGGAGAAAAUAGUGUUAGCUAUGCUUCAGCUUAUGUUUAUCUUCCUUAA